UCGUCACUAAUAACCUUUGUUAACCCUAACCGACCCAACGCCGCACCUUUCUUCUCCCAACCCACUCACCUCCUCACUCUUCCCUUCUGGCGACUCUUCCCUCAUUCCGGCGCCCUCCCUCCUCCGGCGAGGCCCCCGACGCCGCACCGAAUGCCCCGACUCUUCCCUCCUUACGGCGAGGCGACUCUUCCCUCCUCCCUGCCCUGUUUGUUAUUGCUGUGUAUUUGUGUUCUUCCUCUUGAACGAGCUUCGCAUCAGUUCUUUCCAUGAAACAGCUGCAUACCUGAGACCUAAUGACAAUGCUUAGUAACACUGUAUGCGCCCUCAGCUUAUCUCCUCCAAUCGUAAACCCUGUUCGAAAUCCAUUGCCUUUCCUUUCUUCAUUUUGUGGGCAUGCGAGGAGGAAGAAUUUUUUCUCUUGUUCAAUUUCUUGUGUUGCUCAUUUUCAUCCUUGCAUCGACAUCCACAAGGGUAAGGUGAAGCAAAUUGUCGGAUCCACCCUCAAAGAUUUGGGUUCUGAUGGUGGCGCAACUGCCCUUGUGACUAAUUUUGAGACAGACAAGUCCCCUGCAGAAUUUGCUAAAUUGUACAAGAAGGAUGGGCUUACUGGUGGACAUGUCAUUAUGCUUGGUGUUGAUGUUGCUAGCCAAUUUGCAGCCAUUGAGGCCUUACAUGCUUAUCCUGGUGGUAUGCAAAUUGGAGGUGGAAUCAGUGCAGAUAAUGCCAAAGCUUAUCUUAUGGAAGGGGCUAGUCAUGUGAUAGUCACAUCAUAUGUCUUCAAUGAUGGGAAAAUGGACCUUGAACGGCUUAAACAUCUUGUCAAUUUGAUUGGCAAGGAUAAUCUUGUCUUGGAUCUUAGUUGCAGAAAGAAGAAUGGUAAAUAUGCCAUUGUUACUGAUAGGUGGCAGAAGUUCAGUGAUGUUUCUGUUGACAAGGAAACAUUGGAGUUCCUUGCCAAAUAUGCUGAUGAAUUUCUAGUUCAUGGUGUUGAUGUUGAAGGGAAAAGGCUUGGAAUCGAUGAAGAUCUUGUGAUCUUACUCGGCAGUUAUUCACCAAUUCCAGUUACUUAUGCUGGUGGGGUGACCACAAUGGCAGACCUGGACAAGAUAAAAACAGCAGGUAAGGGACGUGUUGAUGUCACAGUUGGCAGUGCCCUGGAUAUCUUUGGAGGUGAUCUCGCAUACAACGACGUUGUUGCUUGGCACAAGAAGCAAUUGAUGAUUUGCCAAUAGCACUUGUUAACAACUAAAUCAGUAAUAAUGUUUCAUCAAUCCAAUGUUGUCUUUCAUAAAUAUUGGCAUUUGGCCCUUCCGAUGCCACAUAUUGUCAGUAAGGAAUCAAAGAGGGGGUUACUUGGACUUAAAUCGUCGAGUGCAGUGGGGUCUAGCAUCAAACUUGCAGUUGCUGGUAUCAUAAGGAGGUGGCUUGGACAGAGUGAUAGCUGGGAUCAAAUGCCCUUUUGUGGUUGUGCUGUUGGUAAUGGUUGCCUCUAUGUGUUAGGGGGAUUUUCUCAAGACUCUGCGAUCAAUUGUGUCUGGAAAUAUGAUCCAUGUCUUAACUUAUGGCAGGAAGUUAGUUCCAUGACUAGUGCUAGAGCUUUUUGUAAGACCGGCCUGUUAAACAACAAACUCUAUGUUGCAGGAGGGGUUAUCAGGGGCAGAAAUGUCUCAUCUCCUUUACAAACAACUGAAGUCUUUGAUCCUGUAACAGGUCUCAGGACUGAGAUGCCAAGCAUGCCUUUUUUGAAAACUCAAAUGUGGCCUAAUGUUUUAUUAGCUGACAUGUCGAAGCCUAUCGCAACUGGAAUGGUUUAGUAUAGGGGAAGAUUAUGUGUGCCUCAGAGCUUAUAUUCCUGGCCCUUCUUUUUUGAUAUGGGUGGUGAGGUCUAUGACCCAGAAACAAAUUCUUGGUCAGAAAUGACUCCUGGUAUGGGUGAUGGUUGGCCUACAAAGCAGGUAGGGACAAAGCUGGGUUGUGUCGUCAAUGGAGAUUUGUAUGCCUUGGAUCCUUCUAGAUACUUGGAUAAUGGAAAGAUAAAGAUGUAUGAUUAUCAGGAGGAUGUUUGGAGAGAUGUUAUAAAAAAGGUUCCAGUUCUUCAUUUUACCGACUCUGAAUCUCCAUAUUUGCUUGCUGGUUUUCUUGGGACUCUCCAUGUUAUUACAAAAGGUACCAACGACCAUAUUCUGAUAUUGAAGGCUGAUUUACAGAAAUCUAAAUGCUUAAAUGUUUCAACUUCAUCUGGUGCUUCAAGUGAUUCCAGAAAUGAAACCUCUGUUUCUUGGACAGAGGAUGAACCUGAAUUUUGGAAAGUGAUUGCAUCGAAGGAUUUUGGGACAGCUGAGCUUGUAAACUGUCAGGUCCUUGAUAUUUGACUUCUUUGGAUCUAAAUUGUUCCUUUUUUGUUGGGUACAUCAGCAGCCGUGUUUCAGGAUGUAAAUCCAUCGAGAGAUAUAUACUAAAUGCAACCUUUUGUCUGGUCUACAGAAAGAGUUCUUGAAUUUUGUCAAAAGAAGGAAUGAAUUUCUGCAAUCCAAAGAGUAGUCACCUCAAAACCUGGUGGAUUCCAUACUGAUCAAGAUAUUACACCUUUUUUUCCUUAUUCCAGCAGCAAUGGUGUGGAAAGUGAGAAUAUAUAUUAUAAACUCCAUUACUUCGAUAUAACUUGUAGUUUAUUCUCUUUCUUGUGGUUUGUGAAUAUUUUAGGUUAUUUGACAGAAUGUUUAUCAAUUGUCAAAAGUAUUUAUUAUGUC